AUGCUCUCCCACACAGGACUGAAGUACAGAAUUCAUGCGGUUAAUUUGAAAAGUAUAGAAACUGUCUUGGAAUCUGGGUUCUUCUCUAGAAGUAGUAGUUGGAGAAGUUCAACAGUUGGUGGACACCCAUGGCAGGUCUCCCUGAAAUUAGGUGGACACCACUUCUGUGGAGGAAGUUUGAUUCAAGAUGAUCUGGUUGUUACAGCAGCACAUUGCCUGAUUAGCCUCAAUGAGAAGCAAAUUAAGAGUCUGACAGUGACUGCUGGGGAGUACAACCUCUUUCAGAAGGAUAAGGAGGAACAGAAUAUUCCUGUCUCAAAAAUUAUCAUCCAUCCUGAAUACAACAGCCUUGGGUAUAUGAGUUUUAAUAUUGCACUGCUGUAUCUAAAACUCAAAGUCAAGUUUGGAACUACUGUUCGGCCAAUCUGUAUUCCCCAUAGAGGUGAUAAAUUUGAAGAAGGGACUCUUUGCACAGCCAGUGGAUGGGGCAAGACUUCAGAGACAUCAGAAUAUUCAAAUAUCCUACAAGAAGUGGAAGUUCCCAUCAUGGAUGACAGAACAUGUGGUACCCUGCUCAGGGGCAUGAACCUUCCUCCCCUGGGAAGGGACGUGUUGUGCGCCAGUGUUCCUGAUGGGGCAAAGGAUGCCUGCCAGAGGGACUCUGGAGGCCCACUUGUCUGUAGAAGAGAUGAUGGAGCCUGGGUUCUUGCUGGGAUCACUUCCUGGGCAGCUGGUUGUACUAGAGUUUGCAAUCCUUUCAGAAAUAAGCAGAGGAAGGCAUCACCUGGCAUUUUCUCCAAGGUAUUUGUGUUGAUGGAUUUUAUCACACAGACCAUGACAGACUCUUUAAAUAAAAUUGGAUUAGCAUCAUUUCCCAAAAACAAUCUUAUAUCUUCUGCAAAAGUUAUUCCAUAUGGUGUCUGUGGCAUCCCUCCGUUUAGUCCCCAGUGGCUUUCUAGAAGAAUUGCAGGAGGAAUAGAAGCCUGCCCCCACUGUUGGCCAUGGCAGGUGGGUUUGAGGUUUCUUGGCAAUCACCAAUGUGGAGGUGCCAUCAUCAAUUCGAUUUGGAUUCUGACUGCAGCGCAUUGUGUGCAAUCGAAAAAUAAUCCACUCUUCUGGACCGUUGUUGCUGGAGACCAUGACAGAACCUUGAAGGAAUCAACUGAGCAGGUGAGAAGGGUGAAACACAUCGUGAUGCACGAAGACUUUGACACACAGACCUAUGACUCUGACAUCGCCCUGAUACAACUGAGCUCUGCCCUAGAAUUCAACUCAGUGGUGAGGCCAGUAUGUCUUCCCCACAACUUGGAGCCUCUGUUUUCUUCUGAGAUUUGUGUUGUGACUGGCUGGGGAAGUGUUAGUAAAGAAGGUGGUCUAGCAAGUCGCUUACAGCAGAUUCAAGUGCCUGUGUUAGAAAGAGAGGUCUGCGAACACACUUACUAUUCAGCCCAUCCAGGAGGAAUCUCAGAGAAGAUGAUCUGUGCUGGCUUUGCAGCAUCUGGAGGGAAAGAUGUGGGCCAG